GUGAUUUCAUUCAAUUAUUAACUUAAUAUUUAUUUUAUAUUUUUUAUUAACGUUUGUUAUAUUGGAUUAUUUAAUGUGAAGUGUCCCGAACUUAUCUUAUGCAGAGAUUAAAUAUUAUUUUCCUAUUGUCACUGUCACCCACAUUAAUAUGGAGUUGACUAUUAAUGCGAGUAGUUUCACUGAUUACUUGCACAUCCAUAAAAAAUCAAAUAGAAACCGUGGUACAAUCAUGAAACGUCUGAGAGCUAAAAGCAAAAAUACAUUUUUAGGAUUCAAUGAAUGGUUUGAAAAAGAACAUGAUUAUUGUUUACCAAUCAAAAAAAGAAGUGAAUAUGAUCAUAAGUGUAAUACUAACGAAUUGGAUGAUGAAGAUUUUGAUGCAAUUAAUAAAUCAUUAAAAUCAGAUUUUAUAUCAUCAGAUAUUUCAAAAACAACAAAUCUAGAGAAAAUAAAUGUAAAUGACGAGUUAACUAGUUGUAGCUUAUAUGCUAUUGAUGUAACAACAGAAUUAUUAAAAGAUGCAUUAUUAGAAAAUCAAAAAAAUCAAAUAAAUUAUACACAAUCAAUAAGUGUCACAAAAGAUAGUAUUACUUCAAGGGAAUGUACGCCACCAAAAUUAUUUUCACCUAUGGAGAUCGACAGUGACAUGAUAAAAUUGUUUCCAACUUUAGAUUAUUCUACAGAACAUAAUUUAAACGAAAAACAAGAACACAACAAAUAUAAAGAAAUUAAAAUUGCUAAAAACACAGAAGAAACUAAAAAUGAGAAGCUAGUUUUGGUUAAUAAAUCGGUUACUGACACUGUUUCUCAGUCUUUACGUACAGAAAAUAUUGAAGGAAGUAAUUGUAAAGUUGAAUUUAAACUACCUAAUAAUUUACAGAAAUUAUCAGCUGGCAAUUCAGCUAAUGUGAUAAACCAUCAACUAGCAUCAGACCAAUAUAUAAAUAUAUUUAAUCGAUAUCAGGGCAAGUCAGGAGAAAAAUUUAUUGAACAGGUUGAAAAUCCAGGUCCUUUAUUAUUAAGAGAUCUUCUUUGUGGUUCAAAACCCAAAACUAUCAUUAGUCCUUACACUCAAAGGCAUUUAAAACCAUAUAUAUUCAGAGAUUUGCAGAUUAAACCACUGUGGUUACAAAUGUUGAAUGAAUUAAAAGAGCAUUUUAGAAAAAAAAAAGGAUUGCCUAAAACUACAGAAAUUCAAUCAAUUGACUAUAGUUAUGUUCGUGCUAGACACAUAAAUUCAGUAAAUGCACUGGCGAGACAAUUUUUCUGGCCUGGAAUUGAUUUAACUGAAAGUCUAUUGUACCCAGACUUCAGUGUCAUUGCAUUAUACAAAAACUUGGUAAUUGGUUUUGGUUUCAUGGUCCCAGAUAUAAGUACAAAUGAAAAUUAUAUAACAUUUUUGUUCACUCGUCCUCAUUGGAAUAACUGUGGUAUUGCUAAAUUUAUGGUAUACCAUUUAAUUCAGACUUGCAUGACUAGAGAUAUAACAUUACAUGUCUCCGUAAAUAAUCCAGCCAUGAUACUAUAUCAAAAGUUUGGAUUCAAAAUUGAAGAAUUUGUUCAAAAUUUUUAUGAAAAUUAUAUUCCUGCAGAUUCAGAAAUGUCUAAGCAUGCUUUUUUUAUACGUCUACGUAGUACUUUAAAAUCAAAUUAAACUAAUUCACAAUGCUAAAAAAAAUUUUUAACUGAUUCUCAGUUAAGUUUUGUUAACUUUCGUGAAAGUAUUUUUUAUACAGUAUGUAAUUGAUAUUUUUAUACUAUACACUAUGAGUAU